UGCCUUUAAAAUGAAACAAAUCAGCCGAAUCAUGAAGCUCGUGAUUGCGAUAUCUGUGUUUUAUUAUAUCGUCAUCAUAGGGGGACUUUAUCUACUCAACAGUGUUCUUGCUGAUGAUUACACGUUGCUGUUUACAUCGUUCAUGCUCUGCAUUUUCACAAUUCCCAGUAUAGGGAAUGUUCUACUAUGUGCCACCAUAAUUUUAAUAGUGAAACAAUAUUUCACAAUACUUAACAGAGAAAUUGGCAGGACUGUUGCGAGCAAUGUCAGUUACAGAAAAGUUUUUACUUGUUUAAAUUUUGUAUCCAGACUUUUUCGGCUGAGAAUAGUCUUCUUGACCUAUUUCACCGGGCCAUUCAUGAUGUUCUCGUUAUUCUGCAUACUGGUUAGUAGUUUGCAGUGUUUCGAAUUAAUUCAGCUAAUGAUUAGAACGAAUCGAAUAACACUCGCUGAACAAAUACAUAUGAGUACGACCACGUUAUGGCUGCUGUCGCUGCUGUGUCAAUUCGUGAUAGGAAUCCUAGUGAUAGGGCGUACCGAUGCACAGGCGAACGAAACCGCUCUCUGUACGCGACAUUUCGAUGAUUACACGAUGAAAAACACAAAGGUGGCCAAACAGAUCAACAAGUUUUUGCUGAAAAAUUUGCACCAGAAGAAAAAGUUCUCGGCCUAUGGUUUUUUUGAUAUCGACAACAGUGUGAUAUACACGGUUUUCAGCUCCAUCAUCACAUAUCUCGUGAUACUGAUACAAUUCAAGCAACUCGAGAGUGAUCUGACGCAAAAUGACCGAAACAGAACUGUCGCAGGUGGCACCUAAAUGUUAAAAAGUGGAGGUUGGAUUUUUUACCCGCAUUGGACUCUAAAUGAAACGUCAUAUCAGUAAUACAAGUCAGUACCGGUGAUUUCGCACAAAAAACACGCUAUUUGUGAGUGAACUGGCUAUUACUGGCUCCACGUGCUGCUGUUAUCAUUAAAUAAUUGCCAGAAAAUUGAAAGCUCAGGAUUACACUGCGAAGAAAACCAGUUUGAAGCGAAUUGAUUCAGAUUACAAACUGCUGGAGGAACCACGUUUGCUAAAAUCAUGUGAUACAUUGCCGUAGACCACGCCUUUUUUUCUUCGGAAACAUCGGAAGAUUUAUACUCAAGUCACAUUUUUGAAUUUCGCAUAUAACACAAUAAAAGUAGGAAAACAAGAAAUGAAUUGCACAGAAAACAUGUUCUCAUUUCAUCUUGCCGCGUGUCUUAUCUUCGUAGUUAUAUGACGACAUAAAAGCACUUUGAUGGAAGGGACGAUUUAUCUAAGGGUUUUAAGCUACUUACCGUAUCUG